UCUCGGAACGCAGUCGAACUUUGAGUGUCGUGACAAUUCGAUCGUACUUGAUUCGUGACUUUUUUUUCACUAAGUAACGUUGCUCCAAAUCAAACAUCAACAAUGGCAUCCAACUACGAAAAAGUGAUUCUUGCCUGCGUGGUUCUGUGCUGCAUGGUGGCUGUGGUGCGGUGUGAAAACGAAGAUCAAGAUUUAGCAGAGGGUAGAACCUUUGGCCACCACUUCUUGAAACGAAUGAGCUUUGCCGUCGUUCCAACGGCGUUUGUCGUUGGUGUUAUCACUACCCUACUAUCGGCUCUAACUGUAGUCUCCAUGAAGGGUUUGGGCGUUGGCGUUAUUCUUCUGGUCCUUGCCGUGUCGCAAAUCAUUGCAAGAAGUGCCAACCCCAUUCCCCUCCCACCACCAGUCGCAUAUGCCGCCCCGGCGGCGCCAUCGUUACCAAUCCUCUAUCAUAAGGAUUGGUAAAUCGAUCACCAAAACUGAGCAGCUACAGUGCCAAAUCUCUCCUCAUCGCUGACUAGUUUUAAGACUUAAUUUAUUUUCUAUUUAUUGUAAUUUAUUACACCGAAUCAUCUUCUUCGCCGUCAUUAUCGAAAUGCGAUUCAAUGCGCGAUCGCGAGUCACGAAUUACCAAAACUCGGAAGCGAGGGACUCACCAACGACGUAUGGAUGCGUCGGCAGAAUCUAGUUCAGAGUUCACCGAACAAUCACAAACUAAUAAAGAGCAAUGCUUUCAACUGGUUACCAAUCCA